ACAAAUCCUACACGUACGCCAGGACAGGCUCGAAGUCUUGGGCAUAAUCAGUCUACCUCGAGACUCUCAACUGUGCCUACCAGCGCGUCAAAGUCGCGACAGCUGAGCCAUCUUCAUGCCCAACUUGCGCAGUUGACUGCGAAUAUGUCUGAUUUGGAGAAUUUGAUGAGGAUGACGGCUGUUCAGGCUGAGGGUAUAAGGGGUUUGGGAGGUUAUGCUGGAGGAAUGUUCAUGGCUGCGUCCAAGGUACUGGGAGAGGAGACCGUGCAAGGUAGCGGUAAUGCUGAGGGUAAGGAGGGAGGUGGUAAAUGAGUGCUGGAGGACUAAGUCUGCGCCCGAGGUUUCUGGAUUGCUUGGAUGGGGGAGUCGAGACCUUGCUCUUGAUGAUACGUGCCACACUUUGCGAUACUGGAGCGCUUCUAUGGACCAGAAGACUUUUCGAGUGCGAGAGCGGUGAGCGAAGGAUCUUGAGACUCAACAAGAGAAGGGGCAGGCCGCGCUACUUCCUCAGUAUACCUUUACUUCGUGGCACGUGCGCUCUGGAAACGAUAUAGACCGCCUUUCUUCUGGCCUGAUCUCUCACAGAACAUCACCACACC